GCGGCCUAUAUAGUGGUGACGUCACUAGUGGCCGACACAUCUUUGUCAGUGAACAAAAUGGCAACCUACUGUCUCACUGUCGCCCGGCUCCAGCUUGCUCUGGGCCAGGGUGUACGGCGUCUGCAUGUAUCAGCAGCAUACAGAGCCAAGGCCAAUGUGUCUAUGAGCCGCUUUGAACCCACCUCUUUCGUCAACUAUGACAGGCUGCAGUCCAGCAUAAACAUUGUGCGGCAAAGACUCAACAGGCCACUCACCCUGUCAGAGAAGAUCGUGUACGGCCACCUUGAUGAUCCCCACAACCAGGAGAUCGACCGUGGUCGCACUUACCUGCGGCUGCGUCCCGACCGCGUGGCCAUGCAGGACGCUACGGCUCAGAUGGCAAUGCUCCAGUUCAUCAGCAGCGGCCUGCCGAAGGUGGCUGUACCCUCCACCAUCCACUGUGACCACCUGAUCGAGGCCCAGAUCGGGGGAGUGAAGGAUUUGGCCAGAGCCAAGGAAAUCAACCAAGAGGUCUACAAUUUUUUGGCCAGUGCUGCGGCAAAAUAUGGAGUUGGCUUUUGGAAACCAGGCUCUGGAAUUAUCCAUCAGAUCAUCCUGGAAAACUACGCCUACCCUGGAGUGAUGUUAAUUGGCACAGACUCCCACACACCAAACGGUGGUGGCCUUGGCGCCAUCUGCAUCGGGGUUGGAGGAGCAGACGCUGUAGAUGUCAUGGCAGGAAUCCCCUGGGAGCUCAAGUGUCCCAAGGUGAUUGGUGUGAAGCUGACAGGCACCCUCUCAGGCUGGACGUCUCCUAAGGACGUCAUCUUGAAGGUGGCUGGCAUUCUGACAGUAAAGGGAGGUACCGGAGCCAUUGUAGAGUACCACGGACCAGGAGUCGACUCCAUUUCCUGCACUGGCAUGGCGACUAUUUGCAACAUGGGAGCAGAGAUUGGAGCCACAACCUCUGUGUUCCCCUACAACCACCGCAUGAAGACCUACCUGGAGAAGACUGGACGUGGACAAAUCGCUGCCCUGGCUGAUGAAUACUCUGACCUGUUAGUACCAGAUGACGGCUGCGAGUAUGACCAGAUCAUCGAGCUCAAUCUGGAUGAGCUGAAACCCCACAUCAAUGGACCCUUUACACCUGACCUGGCUCACCCAGUGUCAAACGUGGGUGCUGUUGCUGAGAAGAACGGCUGGCCGCUGGAGGUUAAAGUUGGUCUGAUCGGCAGCUGUACCAACUCCAGCUACGAGGACAUGGGCCGCGCUGUCUCUGUGGCAAAGCAGGCUUUGGAUAAAGGCCUGAAGUGCAAAGCUCAGUUCACGGUCACCCCGGGCUCUGAGCAGAUUCGCGCCACCAUCGAAAGAGAUGGAUAUUCAAAGAUCCUCCAUGAUGUUGGAGGUGUGGUCCUGGCAAACGCAUGUGGACCCUGCAUUGGACAGUGGGACAGGCGUGAUGUGAAAAAGGGAGAGAAGAACACAAUCGUCACUUCCUUCAACAGAAACUUCACUGCCAGGAAUGAUGCUAACCCUGCAACACACGCCUUUGUUACUUCCCCUGAGAUCGUCACUGCCCUUGCAAUUGCCGGCACACUGAACUUCAACCCAGAGACAGAUUACCUCACAGCUCCAAACGGCGAGAAGUUCAAGCUGGAGCCUCCCACCGGAGAUGAACUUCCUGUCAAGGACUUUGACCCAGGCCAGGACACCUACCAGCACCCGCCUCCCAACGGCAGCAGCCUUAAGGUGGACGUCAGCCCUGAGAGCAACCGGCUACAGUUGCUGGAGCCCUUCGACAAAUGGAAUGGGAGUGAUCUGGAGGACAUGGAGGUCCUCAUCAAGGUGAAGGGCAAAUGCACCACAGACCACAUCAGUGCUGCUGGACCUUGGCUGAAGUUUCGCGGCCACCUGGACAACAUCUCCAACAACAUGCUGAUUGGUGCAGUCAACAGCGAAAAUGACGCCAUCAACAAGAUCAAGAACCACCUGACAGGGGAGUACGGAGGAGUCCCUGAUGUGGCCCGUCACUAUAAGGCCAGUGGUGUGUCCUGGGUGGUGGUUGGAGAUGACAACUACGGCGAGGGCUCCAGCAGAGAGCAUGCCGCGCUGGAGCCCAGGCAUCUGGGAGGAAGAGCCAUCAUUGUCAAGAGCUUCGCCAGAAUUCACGAAACCAAUUUGAAAAAGCAAGGUCUGCUGCCAUUGACCUUCAGCAACCCGUCAGACUAUGACAAGAUCCGCCCUGAUGACAAGGUCUCCAUCAGAGGACUCAAAACCCUGACUCCUGGAAAGCCUCUGAAGGCGGUGGUGAAGCACAGCGACGGCAGUGAGGAGACCAUGGAUCUCAAUCACAGCUUCAACGAGACGCAGAUAGAAUGGUUCAAGGCAGGCUCCGCCCUCAACAGGAUGAAGGAGCUGCAGCAUUGAGGAAGAGGAGGAUUUUCAGAGCAAAAACAGGGUGGUGAGGAGUGUGGGGAAGAAGAGGGAUGAAGAAUGUGGACCCUGUUAACAAUUGUUUCAUCAUCUGCAUUUGCACACACUUUGGACUGAUGUUGUCAGUGGGUUACAUCAGACUAAGUGCCAAGCUAGUGUGGAUGAAGGAACAAUAGUGGUCAGAUAUUUCUUAAAAACCUUCAUUUUUCAGUGCAUAGCGUCCUUGAAGGUACUAUACUAUAGCUGAUGUGCUACUGGUGUGUUUGCAACUGUUCAGACAGGCUCAGUUCAGCCUGAAAAGCACUUCACACUGGAGCUCAGUCAGCUGAUCACACUCCAUCACUCUGUUGCUUUAGCAAUGUGUUGCACACUGCAUGAUUAGCUCCAGUCAACUAUUUUUCCUCACCCUGAGCAGGUAAACGCCACUGCUGAUUGCAUCUCUGGGUCCGUUUGUUUCUCAAGUUGUAAUUGCAGAUGGCCAUGAUAAGAUACUGUAGUAUCUACAAGAUGCUACUUAAUCUUAUCUAAAGUCCACUGAAAAGUAGCACCUACUUGGCACAGUGGCUUACCAGGUGGUGUUAAAGGGCAUUCUGGGUAAGUGCAUGAGGCACUUUGAAUUUGACAUUCAUCAUAAAACUAAACUAACAGCAUAACUUGUGGAAUGCUUUAAUACUGUAUAUGAGUUUUUGUAUCCAUGUAUGUUUUUAUCAGUCAGGGUGCAUAAGGUUGCAGAGACUCAUUGCUGACUCCUAAUAUACAGGAAUACAAUAUGUUAAUAUUGUGUAAGAAUACAGAGUACAGUAUCAAACCCUCUUUUUCCCUAACCUCACUGCCACCACUUUUUAAUCUGUCCUCCUGAUCAGCCCUGUCCUCUUUAUAAAGGUCAAACACAUCAUAUGUUUUUUCCAUUGUUAUUUAUUUAUACUCUUCCCUGCAAAAGGCUCAGAUCUUGUGUGUAUUUUACAGAAAAGGCAUUGUUCAAAUUCAGGGUAAACUCUGACUUGUAUACUCUUCCAUCUCAUAUUUUCUGUGUGCUUUUUGGAGGGUAACAAGUGACUUUUACCACAAUGACAUAUAAUUAGAUGUAACAAAAAGAAAGUAAGAGCACACAAAAUUUUUCAAGUAGCAAUAGAGAAACAUUGAAGACUAAUAUUAACCUGGAAAGUACCUGUUUAAGUAACAUGGCUGCUUAGAAGAAUCCAGGAUUACAGUGUCAGCUGGGUUUGGAUAUCAACAACUGAAUUUUAUGCCAGAAUCUCAAUAUGUUUGACCAUUACCUAAGAUUGUCAGCAGGGCUGUGUUUUUCUCCUCUCUUUUCCCUUUACCAUUUCAGCCCUUGCAAACAGAAUGCAUUUCAGAAGAAGUUAAUGAAGAAGUUAUACCACUUCCUUGCUCUAACCUGUACGUAAAAUGUCUCGUUUCAUGUACAUUCAAGUGUUUGUGUGUUUCUUUGCUGCCGGAUUAUAUUUUCUGUGUUACAGAAACGCCAUUGGGUUGUAAAAUAAAAAUUCACAGAUCUCAUUUA